GGAGUAGAUGGAUGGAUGGAAGGGCGCAAGGCGAGGAGGAACGGGCGGGCGGCCGCAAACGCAAAAAGCAACAACAAACACCCAACCCCCCUACGGUAUAUUCUGUACCCUCAUCCUACAUUAUCCUGCUCCCCACCCACCCCAGCAUCUCUCUCGCCCAACAACAACCAACCACACUACAUACAGUCCCCCCUCGCAACAACAACAACAAUAACAAUGGCUCGCUCCUUCGCUAUCGUGUCCGCUAUCGCCCUCUUGGCCGCUGCCCCCUUCGCAGGUGUGCUCGCCCAGGCCGCAGAAGCUCCCUGUCCCGCAGUAACAAGGUUCCCCGCUGCCUCCACCGACGGUUCAAGUAUCGGAAUAGUCGCUGAGUGUGCUAGGGCUUGUCUGCAGAUGUCCAACGCGGUGAGUAGUCAGACCGACCAACCAUCACUCUCCCCUUGGAGUUCCGUCAGUCCCAUGAGGUCUCCUUUCUCAUCCUUCUCCCCCCUUCCUUCUCCCAUCCCACAGUGCGUGUGUGGAUCCACCAACCCGUUCGCCGACCGCAACUGUGUCUGCACCCAAGAAAAGUUCGAGGACGACUUUGUCGGUUGCGCCCAGUCCGACUGCGCCGGCGCAGCUGACAUCAACAAGUUCCGUGCCUACAAAACCGGUUUCUGUUCCGGCACCAUCAAGCCCCCUGCCGGACCCGCUGCACCAGCAAAGACGACCUCCAAAGUCGUUGCCUCCACUACCCGCUCGGUGGUCAUCGUCCCCACUUCCACCUCAGUCAUCGCCAACCGCACCGUCAGUGCUAACGUCACCACCAGCGCCGUUACUAGCUCCACCUCCGCUGUCGCCUCCGUGACCCUCCGUCCCUCUGCCGUUGCUCCCGUCGUUGUUCCCGCUCUCACCAGCGCCACCGCCGCCGCCGCCGCCACUGGCACAAACUCGGCCCAGAACAACGCUGCCGUCGGAUCCGGCGCUUUCGCAGCCCUCAUGGGUGUCAUCGCGGCUGCCCUGGCGUAGAUUUGGACGAUCGACAUAUGGAAGUUUCAUCUAAACGGCGUACAAUCAUACAAGUAGAAAUCAAUGUAGAUAAAGAGUUACUGUUACCCUCAUCUUUUCUGUUUCGCACAUAUAUAUAGGCAGGACCCAUAUGUAAUGUAGAAGAGCACUUACAAAUACAUGUUCAGAAUCUCAUCGCGUUUCGUUCAGAGA